UCCUGCCUGGGGCACUGACUCAGGGAGGUAACCCCAAGGGAGAAGGAGUAACUGUCAGCUGGUGCUCAUGUACAUGCCUACCUCUGAAUCCCUUGCCCCCAAUUCCCAAGACAGAAUUGGGGGCCUUAAGGCUUCUCCCUUUCCCACAGCACACCUACAGGCUGUCCUUUAAGUCUUAUGGAUGGGGAAAUUUUGGAGGGCACCCAGGAGGGCUUGUCUCUUUACGCCCCAAUUGUGGCCUGCCCGAGGAUGGCAUGGGGUGAGGAGGAACUUGGGGACUAUGUGGAAGAGGAGGAAGGGGACUCCUGGUUCGGGCCACAGCUCUCACUUCCCCUACUCAACGGCGUCGAACUCCAGGUGGUGCUGCCAGGCUGCGGAGAGGCAGUUGAGCUGCCCGCUUGGGGCCUCUCCCCCGCCCCACUGGCCCAGCGGCCACAGAGGCCGCCGCCACAGCCGCAGACAGCCCACAGGGGCGGAGCGGGUCAGUCCCUCCGCCCCUGACGGCUCCGAGGAAGCGCCGCUCCAGCCCAGCCCAGCCCCAAACCAAAGCUGGAGUCCCCGCACCAGAAGCUGGAGCUUCCCGGCCUCUCCCCGGCCUCCUCCCCGGCCGCCUCCCCGGCCUCGGCAGGAUUACAGCAGGUCCCACGGCCCGGGAUGUGAGGGGGGCUCCCCUCCAGUCUCUGCCAUGGCAACCGCAGGAAGCCCCCUGCAAGGGUGUGACAUCCUAAUUGUCCACAGCCCAGAUGCCCAAGAAUGGUGUCAGUACUUGGAGAGUCUCUUCUUUUCAAAUUGGCAAGUUCGCCACCAGCAUACCCUAACUUACGAACUGAAACAUGGGGCUGCCAUUUCCACUAAAGACCUGGCCCUCUUCUUCAACAGUCGAUGCAUCAUUAUGCUCCUCUCAGUUGAACUAGUUCAGAACUUUUAUGAACCCAACAUCCUCUCCAGCCUUCAGAAAGCUCUGUGCCCUCCCCACAAAGUGUUAAAGCUGUUCUGUGGGGUGCAAGACUCUGAAGAUUUCUCAAAUUUCUUUAAGGACUGGGCCAGUUGGCAGGAGCUCACUUAUGAAGAUGAGCCUGAAACCUAUGUGGCUGCUGUGAAGAAGGCUUUUUCAGAAGAUUCUGGCUGUGAUUCCAUCACAGACACUGAGGCUGAAGACGAGAAGAUUCCUCUUCCAUCUGAGAAUAUUUCCUUUCUUCAGAAGAACAGUUGCUUGGAGACCACAACAGAGAACCUGAUGGUGGUGCAGCCAGACCGAAUUCGUUGCGGGGUGAACACAACAGUUUAUGUUAUUGUGAAAUGCAAGCUGGAUAACCAAGUGAAGACAGAAGCUGAAUUCUCUCCUAACAACUCCCCUGCAGUACGUGUGCUUGCCAAACUGGAGAAUGAAUACACUCUUUCUAUAAUAGCCCCCAACUUAUCUUCAGGAGAUGUUUAUCUGAAGGUUUAUUCAGGUGACCUCAUGGUAUGUGAAGCAACUGUCUGCUAUUAUACUGACAUGGAAGAAAUUGAGAACUUACUGGCUAGUGCAGCCAAUCCCGUGGAGUUCAUGUGCCAGGCUUUUAAAAUUGUGCCCUACAACAUCGAGACCCUUGACAAACUUCUAACUGAAUCUCUCAAGAAAAAUAUUCCUGCAAGUGGGCUGCAUCUGUUUGGAAUCAACCAACUGGAAGAAGAGGAUAUGAUGAUCACUCAGCGGGAUGAGGAACUGCCCACCUUGCUUCAUUUUGCUGCCAAGUAUGGACUGAAAAAUCUCACAGCCCUGCUGCUGACCUGCCCUGGAGCUUUGCAAGCCUACAGUGUGGCCAACAAGCAUGGUCUCUACCCCAACACCAUUGCUGAAAAGUAUGGUUACAAGGACCUGCGGCAGUUCAUUGAUGAAUAUGUGGAAACUGUGGACAUGCUGAAGAGUCACAUUAAGGAAGAGUUAAUGCAAGGGGAGGAAGACAAAUCCGUGUAUGAGUCGAUGGCCCACCUUUCCACAGACUUGCUAAUGAAAUGUUCCCUCAAUCCUGGCUGCGAUGAGGAGCUGUACGAGUCCAUGGCUACUCUCUCCACGGCAUCCACUGAGGAUCUUUAUGUAGAGAUGCUUCAGUCCAGUACAUCUACCCCAAAAUCAACAGAUCCUUUUCCUACGGCCACCAAAGACUCCAUCAUUCGCAAAUUUUUGGAAGGCAACAGUAUAGGAGAUGCCCCUUUGGAGAAAGACCUUUCCCCUAGUCUUGCGGGUGAAGAAGUCUACCACACAGUAGACGAUGACCUCACCUUUUCCGUGGAUAUGGCCAAAAGACCCCCAGUGCCGGUACCUAGGCCAGACACCAGUCUUCAUGUCAAUUAUCAGAUGUCCCAGAGUGAAUCCUAUAUUUCUAAAGUAUUUGCAGAUAAAAGUCAGGAGCGGCCUGGAAAUUUGUAUAUUUCUAAUGAGCACAUCAGAAAAGAGACCCUGGUCAGGCCACGAAAGGAUAGACCCCAGUCAAGCAUCUAUGAUCCAUUUGCUGGCAUGAAAACUCCUGGCCAGAGACAGCUCAUCACCUUACAGGAACAAGUAAAGCUGGGCAUUGUUAAUGUGGACGAGGCUGUUCUCCAUUUCAAGGAGUGGCAGCUGAAUCAGAAGAAGAGAUCAGAGUCCUUUCGCUUUCAGCAGGAAAAUCUUAAACGGUUACGAGACAGCAUUACUCGGAGACAACAAGAGAAGCAAAAAUCCGGGAAACAAUCAGACUUAGAGAUCACAGUUCCUAUUAGACACAAUCAGCAAUUACCUGGAAAAGUAGAGUAUGGAAUUUAUGAAAGUGGCCCCAGGAAGAGCAUCGUGCCACCAAAAAACAUAAUACGCCGAGGAGACUGGAAAACAGAAAGUGCAUCUAGUACAUCAAGUAGCAAUAGUAACCGAUCUAGCACCCGAAGUGUGCUCAGUGUUAGCAGUGGGAUGGAAGGUGACAAUGAGGACAAUGAGUUCCCAGAAGUUAACAGAAGCCGUAGCCCAGGUCCCCAGCCCAUGGAGAAACCCCCCAUCAAGCCAAUGGAAAGGCCUCCCAGGAUACCUCCUCGAGCUGCCUCUCAGAGACCUCCUAGCAGAGAGAAUUUCCAUCCACCUCCACCAGUUCCACCAAGAGGUCGCUGACUCCUCUACUAUCUUCUUUAUAAAAGACUUUGGAAGAAAAGCAAGUGAUUUCCAGCUCCUUAAUGAUGUCAUCACUGAUUUAAUGUUGGACUGUACUCUGAGAUUUCUCCUGGCCUUAAGAUGUAUUCCAUAGUCAGACUAUCUCUGAAGGGACUCCUUAGCUGGCAAAGACUGGGAAGGCAGGAACUUCAUUUCCUCUUAAACAAGUUCCUUGUUCCCUAGAAGACAGAAGACUUCGUUGGAAUACGUGCUUUUCACUAGGAGGUCUAAAAAAAACACCCUAAGAAUAUUCAUAAAAAUGCGGUUUUAAAUUUUA